CGCGCCUGCUGGCUGCCUUGCUCAGAGAGAGCCGCGCCGCGGGGAGUGCGGGGCAGCGAGAAAGAGGAAGCGAAAGCGGCCGCCGGGCGAGAGACAGGGACCAGCUCUGCCGCGACCCGAAGCAGUGUACUCACAUCUUCUUGUCAACUGUUGGGAAUGAGCCGCAUCCACCUCGAUUGAAUUGGCCUCAUUAGCACUGACCCCCCACUCGGAGCCAGCAGAUGAGCCUCGGUGUACUUGGAAUCUUCUGCUGAGUAACAGCUUCUUUUGCUGAAGAUGUCUAAUAAUGGUGUUGAAGCCGAAGACAAGCCUCCAGCCCCUCCAAUGAGAAAUACCAGCACUAUGAUUGGAUCUGGAAGCAAAGAUACUGGGACUUUAAACCAUGGCUCAAAACCUUUGCCCCCCAACCCUGAAGAAAAGAAAAAGAGAGACCGAUUUUACCGAUCUAUAUUGCCAGGAGAUAAAACCAAUAAAAAGAAGGAGAAAGAACGCCCAGAAAUUUCCCUCCCUUCAGAUUUUGAACACACAAUUCAUGUUGGAUUUGAUGCUGUCACAGGAGAAUUCACGGGUAUGCCAGAACAGUGGGCUCGGUUAUUGCAGACCUCCAACAUCACCAAAUCGGAGCAGAAGAAAAACCCCCAGGCCGUGCUCGACGUGCUAGAAUUCUACAAUUCCAAAAAGACCUCCAACAGUCAGAAGUACAUGAGUUUCACAGAUAAAUCUGCAGAGGAGUACGGUUCAUCAAAUACAUUGAAUGUGAAGGCUGUAUCCGAGACCCCUGCAGUCCCGCCGGUUUCAGAAGAUGAAGAUGACGAGGAUGAUGCUGCUCCACCCCCAGUGAUAGCUCCACGACCUGAACACACAAAAUCAGUAUACACCCGUUCUGUGAUAGAGCCCCUUCCACCACCUCCUACCAGAGAUGUGGCCACCUCGCCUAUCUCUUCACCCUCUGAAAACAACACAACAUCCCCUGACACAAUGACCAGGAAUACAGAGAAACAGAAGAAAAAGCCGAAGAUGUCAGACGAAGAAAUCUUGGAAAAAUUAAGAAGUAUCGUGAGCGUGGGUGACCCCAAAAAGAAAUACACACGGUUUGAGAAGAUCGGACAAGGCGCUUCAGGCACAGUAUAUACUGCAAUGGAUGUAGCUACAGGUCAGGAGGUUGCAAUCAAACAGAUGAAUUUGCAACAACAGCCCAAGAAAGAACUUAUAAUUAAUGAAAUCCUUGUAAUGAGGGAAAACAAAAACCCCAACAUUGUCAACUACUUGGACAGUUACCUCGUAGGAGAUGAACUGUGGGUAGUUAUGGAGUAUUUGGCAGGCGGCUCCCUGACGGAUGUUGUAACAGAGACCUGCAUGGAUGAAGGACAAAUAGCAGCUGUGUGUCGAGAGUGUCUUCAGGCUCUGGAAUUCCUGCAUUCAAGCCAAGUUAUUCACAGAGACAUCAAGAGUGACAACAUUCUACUAGGAAUGGACGGCUCCGUCAAACUAACUGACUUUGGUUUCUGUGCCCAGAUAACACCAGAGCAGAGCAAACGCAGCACCAUGGUGGGGACACCUUACUGGAUGGCUCCUGAAGUGGUGACGCGGAAAGCUUAUGGGCCGAAAGUGGACAUCUGGUCUCUGGGAAUCAUGGCUAUUGAAAUGAUUGAGGGAGAGCCUCCUUACCUCAAUGAGAACCCCCUGAGAGCCCUGUAUCUCAUUGCCACCAAUGGUACUCCAGAGCUGCAGAACCCUGAGAAGCUUUCGCCCAUAUUUCGAGACUUCCUGAACCGCUGUCUCGAGAUGGAUGUAGAGAAAAGAGGCUCUGCCAAGGAACUGCUACAGCACCAGUUCCUGAAAAUUGCGAAGCCCCUUUCUAGUCUCACUCCUCUGAUUAUUGCCGCAAAAGAGGCAGCGAAGAACAACCACUAACGCGGAAUCAUCAUAGUCAUCGUGCCAAGUCUUUUCAAUGUUCAUUUCAGACCCUGAAUACAUGCCUUCCUGCUCCUUGGGGGUGCCCAAAACUUUGAUCCCCUGAGAGUGGGCCACAGAAGUAGUAUUUGUUGAAUGUUAAAGGAGGCAUUGCUGAUCUAAAGCCGUGAACAGCCUUCUCACCCUCUUUGUGGGAGAAGACUAUUUUGUAUGGUUGACAAGGUCUUUGUGAGAAUCUCUGAGCCUGAUGUAGCAAAGCCAGUUUGAUUUCAUAUCUCUUACUGUGUUUAUUUUUUAACAUAAGUGUGGAGCCUUAGACCAUGUUUAUCUUAAUAAAUUAAAUCUCUCGCUGGCUGCAUUUUCCCUGCCUCUGCCCAGCUCAGUUGUUACACUACUGAAACUCCUGCAUGCUUUGGAUUACUUGAAUAAUGGAGCAGCCAGCAGAAAUCUGAACAGCUUUAAUAACUGAAAAGGGGGCUGCAAGAGUAUGCAGCACCCGAACACUUCCUCAGUGCUGCCGGACGCCUUGACAGAGAGAGCUGAAAUAUUCCGAAUGAACUUUCUGCAACCAUCGGAGGAUUUAAUUCAUGGAUCACCUUUGUGCUAUGUCUUGUGACUCAGCCUCUGAUUAAAAGAUCCUCUUUCUGUUUUCAUCUCA